AUGACCUAUUCGGUGGCCGAUUUCGACCCCGCCAUCAAAGGUGCUCUCCCAUCUGACUUCCAAUGGGGCUAUGCUACCGCCGCGACACAGAUAGAGGGCUCAUGGGAUGUAGAUGGAAAGGGAGUCUCGAUAUGGGACAAGUUCAGCCAAGAGGCCGACAUUCGGGUGGACGACAAGUCAACGUGCAAGGACACUUGCCGCUCAUAUGACUUGUUCAAGGAGGAUGUCGCUCGCAUGAAGGCCUACGGAGUCACCGGGUACCGCUUCUCCUUCUCAUGGACCCGUAUCAUCCCCCUCGGAGGCAAAGAUGACCCCAUCAACGAGGCUGGCAUCGAGUUUUACAACAAGCUCAUCGACGAGCUGCUGGCCAACGGCAUCACCCCCUUUGGAACCAUCUUCCACUGGGACACCCCUCAGACACUCGAAGACCGAUAUGGUGGCUUUCUUAACAAAGAACAGAUGGUCCCUGACUUCCUCCGAUAUGCUCGUGUGUGUUUUGAGCGCUUCGGCGAUCGCAUCAAGAACUGGAUCACCGUUAAUGAACCCGGUGUCUUCUCACUAGCCGGCUACGCGGGCGGCGCGCACGCCCCCUGCCGUUCGAGCAUCAACGAGAAGUGCAAGGAGGGCGACACGAGUCGCGAGCCGUGGCUGGUCGGCCACACCCUGCUGGUCGCGCACGGGUACGCCUGUGACUUGUACAAGCGCGAGUUCCAGCCCACACAAAAGGGCAGCAUCAUGAUCACCCUGAGCGGCAACUGGUCCGAGCCCUGGGACGCCGCGGACCCCAAGGACAUCGAGGCCGCUGAGCGGUCCAACCAAUUCGAGAUCGCGUGGUUCGCCGACCCGCUGUACGGCAAGAACCCCGAGGUCGACUACCCGGCGUGCAUGCGAGAGCAGCUCGGCGACCGUCUGCCUCACUUCACUGAGGAGGAGAAGAAGUUGAUCCGCGGCAGCUCUGAGUACUACGGCAUGAACUCGUACACCUCCUUCUACAAGCGACACAGGGAUACCCCGGCGCCGCCCGAGGACCUCAAGGGCAACGUCGAUAUCCUGGACAACAACAAGCAGGGCCAGUCGCGCGGCCCGGAGACCGACACCGUCUGGCUGCGGUCGACGCCGUGGGGAUGGGGCAAGCUCCUGCGGUGGAUCUGGAAGCGCUACGAGAUGCCCAUCUACAUCACCGAGAACGGCACGACGGCCAAGGGCGAGCACGGCUGGAAACCUCAGAGCGCCGACGACGUCCUGGAGGACCCGUUCCGCGUCGAGUUCUACAAGGGGUACCUGACCGAGGUGGCCACGGCCUCGCAGGAGGGCGUCAUUAUCAAGUCAUUCUUUGCCUGGUCGUUCAUGGACAACUGGGAGUGGUCCAACGGCUUCACAAACCGGUUUGGCGUUACAUGGGUGGACUUCGCCAGCGCAGAGAAGAAGAGGUAUGCCAAGAGGUCGGCGUACUUUAUGAAGGACUUUUUCAAUCAUAUGAUCCGGAAGUAG